UUCAUUGCGGUAUUCCACCCCACUGUUGGCUCAGGCUGGACGGUAUCGAACCCCACACUGCGUAAGGUCAGAGAAUGGCUUUGUUUAAAUUGUCAGAUGCAAAGAGCCCUUGGCAUAGAUAUGACGACUGUGCCCAGUUCCAAACCACAACCUCUGCAGCCCAAGCAGCAGGAAGUGACUCUCUCUGCUUCACAAGCAGCCAAACAGGCUCCGAUUCAGCAACCCACUGCAAAACCUGAACAGGCCAAGCCAUUGUCACGCUCUGGAUCCAGAAAGCAGCAUCUCCUGACCAAGCAGCAAUCAAUGGUUGCUUCUCCUCCACUAAAGGCCAAACAACCAUCACAUGGGCCUGGGGAUGCACAACCAAGACAGCACGCAGCCCAGAAACCACAGCCAGUGAAACUGACUCAGCAGCUGGUGGAUCAACAAAAACAGCAAGACCUGAACAAACCUCCUCAACAAGUCAGUUCCACUGCACAAGGAGCAGAAAGCAAGCAACCCUUUCUGAGUCCCCAGGUUCAGGAAAAAGACUCCAAGCAACCCAAGUCAGUGACCCAGGACCAACAGCUCACUAAGAAGCAGGAGGACUCUGACAUUAGAACACAGCGACAACAGCUGCAGAAAAAGGACGAUUUGGUUCCAGGGACAAAAUCCAAUACUGGGAUAAACAGUCAAAAGCAGGACAUGACCCAGCAGAAACAAUCAGUACAGAUUCAGAAGCCAGUCGAAAAAUCACAGUCCCCGAAUAUUAGCCCUGCUGCCCCUGAAGUGACCAAACAGCCUGCUUCAAAAGUGGAAUCCAAGGCUGGUCACCCAAAGAAAGAACAAGCAAAGCUGACUCAGAAACCACCAGCUGCUAAAGUUGUACCAUCACAGAUUCCACCAGAAACUCCAAAAGCUCAGAAACCCCCAGAACAGUCAAGGCGUUUCAGCCUCAACUUAGGAGGUUCUGCACAACCACUGCAAUUUCAGCCAUCAACUCCUCCAGAGACUGUCACUGGAAAACUCUUUGGGUUUGGGGCAUCUCUGUUCAGCCAAGCCUCAACUUUAAUAUCUGCAGCACCUCAGCAACACGAGCAACAUGGACACACUGCAAAGCAACCCCCUCAGACAGCCUCCAAGGACAGCAUGUCCAAGGACAGCAGUGUUUCUCAGCAAUCCCCCAAACGGGACAUUGGUAAGAAAGAAGCUAAGCCUUCAGCAGCAGCAGGUACUUUCGAACAGAAGGCUGUUAGGGCAGUACAAGACACAACAGACCCUGCAACCAUGAAGAAUGCUGCAGUGGUGAAAGAAAGCAAACCAGGUGCAGAAAUGGUUAAACAGACAACCAAGCCCUUGGAAACCGAAAAAGCUUCUCCACCUAAGAGCACUUGCCCUCUUUGUAAAACUGAUUUGAAUAUUGGUUCUGAGGCCCCUCCCAACUUCAAUAUCUGUACAGAAUGCAAGGCGGUUGUGUGCAACCUUUGUGGAUUUAAUCCAAUGCCACAUUUGACAGAGCGGCUGUAUCACACACCUAAAGGAGCAACUCCCCAUCACACUCCGCCCCCUCCCCAGGGGACCAACUGUGAAGAAUUGACCCCCAACCUCCGGAGACAACGGUGA